AGCCCGCCGGCUGCAAGCGCGGCGGAGGGCUCCCCGGGCGCAGCGGGCGGCGCGCGCGGCGGCAAGAGCCCUCGGGCGGCCUCGGGGGGGGGCUCGGGGAGACUGGCAGGGCCACUCCCUCCCCUUCCGCGCCCCGAUGCCAUGGUUGUCAAGCUGAGCAUCGAGGGCACGACCGAGGACGGAGGCGUCCGCUUCUACACGGUUCUCGUCACCAACGAGAGCGGGCGAUCAUGGACGGUCGAGAAGCGCUACAGCGACUUCCUCGCCCUCGACGAGAGGCUCAAGCAGGACGGGGCGCUCACGACGGCCGACCUGCCGCCGAAGGCGCAGCACAACGCCCUCGCGAGCGUCAGCUUCUUCGACCGGCGUCGGGGCCUGCUAGAGGCGUACCUGGGCCACCUGGCGAAGCAGGUGCUGCUGAUAGCGCAGAACCGUAUCCUGCACGAGUUCCUCGAGCCGCGCUUCGAGGUUCCCCCUCCUCCUCCACAGGCGAGCGGCGGCGAGGAGGGCGGCGCGCCGGGCUCCGGAGGGCCGACGCAGGACAUCGAGAUGGUAGAGGUCUCGAACUCCUUCGAGGACGGCGACGACCCCUCCGAGCGAUCCGCGGUCGCGGGCCGCGGCCCCCGCCAGGAGGCCCCGGAGCGGCAGGCCGGCACCGGCGCGGACAAGCAGGCUCAGUAGCCCGACUGGCGGCCGCCGUAGGCAAGGGCUAUCAGCUCCGAAGGAGCCCCACUAGAGCAUAGCUGCACUGUGGCGCCGGCUCCGCGCGUUGACUCGCCAGAGCGAUGUCGCGCUCGCUCGCGGCAGUGAGUGCAGAGGCCAGGGUGUUCCGGCGGCGCGCGUUCGACGUGCUCUGGCGUCCUCGUCGGCUCCUGAAGGCUGUCCAGCCUCGGGGUGCUUUCCGGCAGCUGCGCCUCGUCGAGAGCGUUCCGGGGGG